AUGGUUGAUAAGGAUGUGGAAAAGACAGCUUUUCGCACUCAUGAUAGACAUUAUGAGUUCUUGGUGAUGCCUUUCGGCUUAACCAAUGCACCAGCGACAUUUCAAGCAUUGAUGAACGAGGUUUUCCGACCUUAUUUGCGUCAGUUUGUCCUUGUAUUUUUUGACGACAUACUCAUCUAUAGCUCCGAUUUGCAACAGCAUGAACAACACUUGGAGAUUGUUCUGAAACUUUUUCGGGAACACAAGCUGUUUGCGAAUAGAAAAAAGUGUUCGUUUGGUCAGGCUCAAGUGGAAUAUUUGGGACAUUUUAUUUCAGUGAAUGGCGUUGCAACGGAUAAAAGCAAAACAGUAGCUAUGGAGAAGUGGCCGUCUCCAAAAUUAGUAGAGGAGCUUCGUGGAUUUCUUGGUUUAACGGGCUAUUACAGAAGGUUUGUUCGGGGUUAUGGGACCAUUGCUAAACCACUGACGUCCUUGUUGAAGAAGGACAAGUUUAUGUGGACACCAGAAGCUCAAACAGCGUUUGAUGAAUUGAAACAAGCCAUGAUGUGUGCACCGGUACUUGCCUUACCAGACUUUUCAGAGACUUUUAUUGUGGAAUCAGAUGCCUCUGGAUUUGGGUUGGGAGCAGUUUUGAUGCAGAAUCAGAAUCCUAUUGCCUAUUUUAGCCAUGGAUUAACAGAGAAGGAACAGCUGAAACCGAUUUAUGAAAGAGAGUUAAUGGCAAUUUUUUUAGCUAUUCAGCGUUGGAAACAUUAUCUUUUGGGGAAAAGAUUCAUAGUCAGAUUAGAUCAGAAGAGUUUGAGGUUUCUCUUGGAGCAGAGAGAAGUGAAUUUGGAGUAUCAGCGCUGGCUACAUAAACUUCUGGGAUAUAAGUUUGAUAUCGUUUAUAAACCAGGAAUUGAGAAUAAGGCAGCAGAUGGUUGA